AUGUCUAUAUCAAGUUUUGAAGAACUGCUAACCAAAAUAGUGCCUCGUAUACAGAAGAAAUACGUGUUCAGGAAACCUGUUGGGCCCAUGGAAAUGCUAGGCUUAACUAUAAGAUUUUUGGCAACAGGGAAUUCAUUCAGAGAUAUGGAAUUCACAGAUUAUCGUGGAAAAUCUACAAUUGGAAAAAUUGUACGAGAUGUUUGUCGUGCUAUAUGGGACAUUCUUUUAAGUGAAAGUAUACCGAAAAUAUCCGAAGAGCGAAUUGAAAAAAUAGCUAAGGAUUUUGACGUAAAAACAAAUUUCCCGAAUUGCAUGGGGGCAUUGGACGGGAAACACAUCCGAAUAUGUAGUCCUGCCCACAGUGGGUCCCUUUUUUUUAACUAUAAAAGUUUUAACUCUAUAGUCUUGCUGGCACUGGUGGAUUCUAAGUAUAGAUUUGUAUAUGUUGAUAUAGGAUCGUAUGGAAAGGAAUGUGAUUCCACCAUUUUCCACAAUUCAAAACUAUACGAAUUAUUAUUGCAAAAUCGACUUCCCAUACCAGCGCCAAAGCCUUUACCGGGGCUCCAAAAUUCAGUUCCCUAUGUUUUUAUCGCUGAUGAAGGCCUACCGUUACUUAACAAUCUAAUUCGUCCAUACCCAGGGAAGCAUCUCAGAGAAGAACAAAGGGUUUUCAACUAUCGUUUGAGUCGAGCAAGAAGAUAUGUCGAGUGUGCUUUUGGUAUUUUCGCAAAUAAAUGGCGAGUAUUUCAUCGGCCCUUAAAUGUUCAAUAUAAUUUUGCGACCGACAUUAUCAAAGCAUGUUGUGUUUUACACAAUUUUGUUGUAAGUCGAGAUGGAGUUAGAAAAUCAGAGGAGUUAUAUAUUGACGACUGUUUUUUGAACCUUCCACAAACAGCAGAUGACGUUUCCUUAACAAAUCCUGUCAAUAUAAGAGACGAAUUUUGUAAAUACUUUAAUAGUGAUGUCGGUGCGCUUAGUUGGCAACUAAGCAAAAUAUAACUAAAGUUGGGUCACGGAUCGAACCCACCAAAUGUAUUGAGUGUGUGUAAAUGGCAAGUUCAUAAUAAUACUAAGCAUUAAUGCAUUGAUUUCACUUUGAUGUUUAUUGUAUUCACUUUAUUAAGUUAAAAAGAUAAAUAAAUAGGUAGGUAUAUACUCACCGAGUUUCGUUUUUUCUUUAUUGUCCAUGCUGUCGAAUGAUGGAAAAAUAUUUAGGCAGACAUCUUUCCACCCUUCUGUUUUUAAAUUUUUAUUCUUAUAAUCCUCCUUUGACUUGUCCCAGAGAACGGGACGUGCUUCCACUAGUGAAAUCAAAAAGUCUAAAUCUAAAUCGUCCGCCAUUUUAUGCAAAAAAAAUUACCACGUGCGCACUAUGCAACUGACAACACAAUAAUGAGCACGUCGGUACACGACGCCGUGGCGCGGCACGGCGCCGCGCCAUCUGCCGGCGGCGGUGCCGUACCGUUGCACGGCAAACGGCGCCGCACCGUAGA